UUUAUUGUUUGUCAUUGGAAAGUGCAAAUUAAAGUGGUUCACGAACCUUAGCAGAGGCUCUCCUUGGGUGCUCUUCAAACAUGGGAAAACAGAGCACACCCCAAUUCUCUGCCCUCAACUGCAUCGAUCUCUCCAACCCCGACAUCAACCAAUCCGUCAACUUACUCAAAGAGGCAUGUUUGGAUUCCGGUUUUUUCUACGUUGUCAAUCAUGGAAUAAGCCAGGAAUUCAUGGACGAGGUUUUUGCGCAGAGCAAGAAGUUCUUCUCUCUUCCUCACAACGAGAAGAUGAAGACUCUCAGGAAUGAACAACACAGGGGAUACACCCCUGUUCUUGAUGAGUUGCUUGAUCCUGAAAACCAAGUACAUGUAGGAGAUUACAAAGAGGGGUAUUAUAUUGGAGUUGAAAAAGGUGAAGAUGAUCCACAAUCGAAGAAACCUUUUUAUGGACCGAAUAACUGGCCCGCACCAGAUGUUCUGCCCGGGUGGAGGGAGACCAUGGAAAAGUUCCAUCUAGAGACAUUAGAAGUGGGGAAAGCAGUUGCAAAGAUGAUAGCCCUUGCACUUGAUUUGGAUGCUAAUUAUUUUGAUCGGCCAGAAAUUCUUGGAGAGCCAAUUGCAAUUCUGCGUUUGCUGCACUAUGAAGGUCAAGUUUCAGAUCCCUCGAAAGGAUUAUAUGGAGCUGGAGCUCAUACCGACUUUGGUUUAAUUACACUGUUAGCAACAGAUGAUGUCCCAGGUCUUCAAAUAUGCAGAGAUAGGGAUGCUAAACCUCAGAAAUGGGAGGAUGUAGCACCAUUGAAGGGAGCAUUCAUAGUGAAUCUUGGUGACAUGCUGGAGCGCUGGAGCAACUGUGUUUUUAAGUCCACACUGCACAGAGUUCUAGGAAACGGUCAAGGAAGAUAUUCUAUUGCAUACUUCUUGGAGCCUAGUCUUGAUUGUCUAGUGGAGUGCUUGCCUACCUGCAAAUCAGAUAGUAAUCCACCCAAAUAUCCUCCCAUCUUAUGCCAUGACUACAUGACUCAGCGCUACAAGGACACUCAUGCUGAUUUGAAUAUUUAUAAGAAACAGCAAGCUUGAGUAGUCAACCUUUGGAACUGAACAGCCUGGAGAUUUUUCACAAGGGCACUCACCUAAGCUGAUUUGGAUAUUUACAAUAAGCAACAAGCUUAAGAAGUUAGUCUUUUGGAGCUGAGAAGCUGGGGAAUUUUGGACUGCAUUAUGUGUUAGGGUUAACAGCAUCAUACUACUACAUUAGCAAUGUUAUGUAGAAUUUGUUUGAAUGUCAAAUUAGUUUUUGUUUUGGGGAAGGGGGAUUUAGCUGUAUGGUUUGGUACUUUAAUGUUAAACCUAAAAGAAAAAAACAUGUAUGAAAUUAACAGAUGUAUGUUUUUAUUCAACCCUAAAGUUGGGAAAUGGGAAUGAUAGGAAGAUGAAAAAUGAACAUUAGUAUUUUGCUUUCAUCUCUUGUUUCUAGCCAAUAUGACUUACGAGAAUAAAAGUUUUAUGUUUUAUGUACCUUUAUAA